AUGGGCAAGGAAAAACAAGAAAUUUACUCUAUUGAGGUCAAUGGAACAAAGGACAUUGAAAAAGUAGACACUGAAAGAUCAGACAAGGUUGAUGGCAAAGAAAAGAGGAAGAGAUACAGCAAGAAGGACCGCCAGAAAGAACUCAAGAAAGACCUUGAUCUGGAUGACCACAAACUCAGCACUAAGGAAUUAGAAGAGAAGUAUGGAACAAACAUUGUCCAAGGUCUCACUAGCACAAGAGUUGCAGAACUCUUGGCUCAGAAUGGCCCCAAUGUCCUUACUCCACCCAAAGAAACUCCAGAAAUCAUCAAAUUCCUCAAAGAAAUGGUGGGUGGAUUCUCCAGCCUUUUGUGGGCAGGAGCUGUCCUGUGUUUCAUUGCAUAUCUGAUUGAGUUUUCAAAGGACAAGUCUGCUUCCAUGGACAACGUCUAUUUAGGUGUUGUGCUCAUCGUGGUGGUCAUCCUCACUGGGAUCUUUGCUUAUUAUCAAGAGGCAAAGAGCACCAACAUCAUUGCCAGUUUCACUAAAAUGAUUCCUCGGAAAGCUUUUGUCAUCAGAGAUGGAGAAAAGAGGGAGAUCCCUGCAGAGCAGCUGGUUGUAGGAGAUAUUGUAGAGAUUAAGGGUGGAGACCAGAUUCCUGCUGAUAUCAGGAUCCUGGCCUCACAUGGAUGUAAGGUAGAUAAUUCAUCUCUUACUGGGGAAUCAGAGCCUCAGUCUCGUACUUGUCAUAUUACCCACGAGAAUCCCUUGGAGACAAAGAACAUUAGCUUUUAUUCUACAACCUGUCUGGAAGGCACAGCAACUGGAAUGGUCAUCAACACAGGUGACCGCACCAUCAUUGGAAGAAUUGCCUUACUGGCUUCAUCUGUUGGACAUGAGAAGACACCGAUUGCCAUUGAAAUUGAGCACUUUGUCCAUAUUGUAGCAGGAGUAGCAGUUUCUAUUGGUAUCAUGUUCUUCAUCAUUGCAAUAUGCAUGAAAUACCGGGUCCUAGAUGCUAUCAUCUUCCUCAUUGGCAUCAUUUUGGCCAAUGUACCAGAGGGUCUGGUGGCUGCUGUCACUGUGAGUCUGUCCCUGACAGCAAAACGGAUGGCCAAGAAGAACUGUCUGGUGAAGAACCUGGAAGCAGUGGAAACUCUGGGCUCCACCUCCAUCAUCUGCUCUGACAAGACUGGGACCUUAACACAAAACAGAAUGACUGUGGCCCAUCUGUGGUUUGACAACCAAGUUUAUCAGGCUGAUACAAGUGAAGAUCAGAAAGACCAGAUAUUUGACCAAAGUUCUGCAACCUGGGCCUCCUUAUCCAAGAUUGUAACACUGUGCAACCGAGCUGAGUUUGCACCAAGCCAGGAAAGUGUCCCCAUCAUGAAGAAAGUAGUGAUGGGAGAUGCUUCAGAAGCUGCCCUCCUGAAGUUCUCAGAAGUCAUCAUGGGUGAUGUAAUAGAAAGAAGAAAAAGAAACAGAAAAGUGGCUGAAAUCCCUUUUAAUUCCUUCAACAAAUUCCAGCUGUCCAUUCAUGAGACAGAAGACCCCGAUGACAAGCGCUUCCUCUUGGUGAUGAAAGGAGCCCCUGAGAGGAUCAUGGAGAAAUGCAGCACCAUCAUGAUGCAUGGCCAGGAGCAACCUCUUGAUGAAAGCACAGCAGCGGCCUUCCAGACGGCAUACAUGGAGCUGGGGAGCUUAGGGGAGAGAGUGCUGGGUUUCUGUCAUCUCUACUUGCCAGAAGAUGAGUUUCCAGAUACCUAUUCCUUUGAUGUAGAGUCCAUGAACUUUCCCACGUCUGACCUCUGCUUUGUGGGGCUGAUAUCACUGAUUGAUCCCCCUCGAUCCACUGUCCCUGAUGCAGUCAUGAAAUGCCGCAGUGCUGGUAUCAAGGUUAUCAUGGUGACAGGUGAUCAUCCCAUCACAGCCAAAGCUAUUGCUAGAAGUGUGGGCAUCAUUUCAGCCAAUAGUGAGACUGUGGAAGAAAUAGCAAAACGUCUUAAAAUUCCUGUAGAACAAGUUAACAAAAGAGAGGCAAAGGCAGCUGUGGUCAGUGGAAUGGAGCUGAAGGAGAUGAGCCCAGAGGAGCUGGAUGAGCUCCUGACCUACCACACUGAAAUUGUCUUUGCAAGAACAUCUCCCCAGCAGAAGCUGAUCAUUGUGGAGGGCUGUCAGAGACAGGAUGCUGUUGUUGCAGUGACAGGGGAUGGUGUUAAUGAUUCCCCAGCCCUGAAGAAGGCUGAUAUUGGGAUUGCUAUGGGUUGUGUAGGCUCUGAUGCAGCAAAAAAUGCAGCAGACAUGGUCUUACUAGAUGACAACUUUUCCUCUAUAGUGACAGGUAUAGAGGAAGGUCGCCUAAUCUUUGACAAUCUGAAGAAAAUCAUUGCAUUCACCCUGACCAAAAACAUUGCAGAGCUUAUCCCUUUCCUGAUCUUCAUUAUAGCUGGGGUGCCCCUGCCCAUCGGUACCAUGGCCAUCUUGUUCAUCGACUUAGGCACUGAUGUUAUUCCUUCCAUUGCCUUAGCCUAUGAGAAAGCUGAGAGUGAUAUCAUGAGCCGGAAGCCACGCCACAAGAAGAAGGAUAGGCUGGCGAAUCAUCAGCUGGCUUUGUACUCCUACCUGCAAAUUGGAAUCUUACAAUCUGUGGGAGGCUUCUUUGCCUACUUCACUGUCUAUGCAGUCCAGGGAUUCAAACCUGACAGGCUCCUUUACUUGCGGCCAUUAUGGGAAAAUGAUAGUCUUAAUGACCUUGAAGACAGUUAUGGACAAGAAUGGACAAAAUAUCAGCGGAAGUACUUGGAAUGCACUGGAUACACUGCUUACUUUGUUGCAGUCAUGGUCCAGCAAAUUGCAGAUGUGAUCAUCAGAAAGACUCGGAUAAACUCAAUUUUCCGGCAAGGUCUCUUCAGAAAUAAAUACAUCUGGGUUGGGAUUGCAUCUCAAAUUAUCAUAGCAGUAAUUCUCUCCUGUGGAUUUGGAAGUAUCCCAAUUCUGAAUUUCACUACACUUCGGGUUCAGUACUGGUUUGCGGCGGUUCCAUACGCCAUUGUCAUCUGGCUAUAUGAUGAGUUACGAAAACUCCUAAUCAGGCUCUACCCAGGAAGCUGGUGGGAUAAGACCAUGUAUUACUGAAAUUGAUUUUGGUUCCCAAGACUUUUCUUAAUUUCUCCCUGAUGAUGAUAUUCAGUGUUCUUCAUUCACCUCUGCUGGCAAGUCUCCUGUGCAAUAUGGGCAUUGUCAAAAUCCACACACCAGAAGA